AUGGUUAACCUUGUUUCGGGGGGUGAUAGUGAGAAAAAUAUUCAGCAAAUAUCACUUUCUGACAACACAGUAUCAAGACGCAUUGAAGAAAUGUCUAUUGAUAUAAAAGAACAACCACUUGAAACUACCAACAAAGCUGAAGAUAUAAUGAAAGAGGUACCAAACUAUUUCAGUGAGUUAGGACUAUCAUGGAAGAAUGUGUGUGCAGUGUGUACUGACGGGGCACCUGCCAUGUUAGGUCCAAAAUCGGGUUUUGUGUCGAGAGUUAAAGAGAUUGCUCCUGGGGUUACAGUGACUCAUUGCACUUGCAUCUAG